AUGUCUGAAAACAAAACUAUAAAAAUUCCUGGUAAUGGUCAUGCUCGUCCGGUAUUUCAGAACCUAUCAACAUCUGCACCUUCAGAGCACUAUUCAAACUACAACACGAAGAAGGCAAUGGAGUCUAUUGCUCCAAUCUUAGAAGGCUUUAAUCCGAAGACCUCAACUAGUGAAAACAAGUCUCUUAAAUUACCUCCACCUGGUAGCUCGGCAGCUGAUUCCAUGGAUCAUAUAAAUACGGACACUCCCUUACAAAGAACAACUAGCAGAAGUUUACAGUCUGAUCCUAGCGACUCAACUAUUUUUAUUCCUACGGAUACAUUGACUAACUCUGGGAAAUCCAGCAUCUCUAUGGAGAAUUCUAGAGAGAAUGCUAUAACAGAAUCUGCUACUGAAACAUCGCCAGCUCUGCAGACACCGACGUCUACGCAAAUGAACACUUCUCUUUUGACCCCUAGCCCUGUAUCAUCUUCAAGAAAGUCCUCGAUGAGCCAGCAAAAACCAACUCUACCCAAAAUUGGUAAAAUUGGUGUAUGUGCCAUGGAUGCUAAAGUAUUAUCCAAACCCAUGCGUCAUAUUUUAAACAGAUUAAUUGAACAUGGGGAAUUUGAGACAAUUAUCUUCGGAGAUAAAGUCAUUUUGGAUGAGACGAUAGAAAACUGGCCAACUUGUGACUUCUUAAUUUCAUUUUUCUCGACUGGAUUUCCUUUAGAUAAGGCAAUAAGAUAUGUGAAGUUAAGAAAGCCAUUCAUUAUCAAUGAUUUGACGAUGCAAAAGGUUCUUUGGGACAGACGUCUCUGUCUCAGAAUUUUGGAAGCAUCUAAUGUCCCAACUCCUCCUAGGUUGGAGAUCAAUAGAGAUGGUGGGCCAAAUGCUGAUGAGGAACUAACGGCGAAGUUAUUAGGACGAGGUGUUCUCUUAAAUUCAAUCCCAGAGUCAAGUUGGAAAAUGAUAGAUGAAGAUACUUUAGAAGUCGAUGGAAAGCGAAUGACAAAACCAUUUGUUGAAAAACCAGUUGAUGGAGAAGAUCACAAUAUAUAUAUAUACUAUCAUUCCAAGAAUGGUGGUGGUGGACGCCGUUUAUUUCGAAAAGUGGGUAACAAGUCAUCUGAAUUUGAUCCUAACCUUUCAACCCCAAGAACUGACGGUUCAUAUAUUUACGAAGAAUUCAUGGAUACCGAUAAUUUUGAGGAUGUAAAGGCUUAUACUGUAGGUGAGAAAUUUUGUCAUGCCGAAACAAGAAAGUCACCCGUAGUUGAUGGCAUUGUUAGAAGGAACACACAAGGUAAGGAGGUCAGAUAUAUUACAGAGCUGAGCGCAGAAGAAAAAGACAUCGCUCAUCACGUUUCACAAGCUUUUUCACAGAUGAUAUGUGGGUUUGAUCUUUUGAGAGUCGCAGGUAAGAGUUACGUUAUUGAUGUUAACGGGUUUUCCUUCGUGAAGGAUAACUCCUCAUAUUACGAUUCAUGUGCAAAAAUAUUGAGGGAUACAUUUCUUCAAGCAAAGAAAAGAAUUGACACGCAGAAACGAACUUUACCGUUAAUAAGAGAAGAGAAAAGUCAAAAGUGGGUUUUCAAAGGCCUCGUGACUGUUAUAAGGCACGCUGACAGAACUCCGAAACAAAAAUUCAAGCAUUCUUUUACUUCACCAAUAUUUAUAUCUUUAUUGAAAGGUCAUAAAGAGGAAGUUGUUAUUCGAAAUGUAAACGAUUUGAAGAUUGUUCUACAGGCUUUAAAGAUUGCAAGAGAAGAAAAAGCAGGUGACCCAUUAAAGUUAAAGGUUCUGUCAAAUGCCUUAGAAAAAAAGUUGAACUUUCCUGGAACAAAGAUUCAAUUAAAGCCUGUACUGAAUAAAGAAAAUGAGGUCGAAAAGGUUCAGUUUAUUUUAAAGUGGGGUGGUGAACCAACACACUCUGCAGGCCAUCAAGCAACUGAGUUAGGUGAGCAGAUGAGACAAGAUUUUGAUCUUUUGAACAAGAAUAUUUUACAAAAUAUUACAAUUUUUUCUUCAUCAGAAAGAAGAGUAUUAUUAUCAGCACAAUAUUGGGCAAUGGCUUUAUAUGGCGCUGACGAACUAUCUAAUGAUGAAAUUAAUAUUAGAAAGGAUUUGUUGGACGAUAGUAAUGCAGCCAAGGACUUGAUGGACAAGGUUAAGAAAAAGCUAAAACCACUCCUAAGGGAGGGAAAGGAAACACCACCACAGUUUGCUUGGCCUGCGAAGAUGCCCGAACCGUAUUUUGUUAUUAAAAGGGUCGUGGAACUAAUGAAUUAUCACAAAAAGAUUUUGUAUUACAAUUUUAAGACUAAAGAUGUGGAUUCCAUGCAAUCAGCGUGGUGUUGUGGGGAAGAUCCAUAUCUAUUCAAGGAAAGAUGGGACAAAUUAUUCAAGGAAUUCACUUCUGUUGAAAAAGUUGACCCCUCAAAGAUUUCUGAACUAUAUGAUACCAUGAAAUAUGACGCUCUUCAUAAUCGUGAAUUUCUGGAAAAUAUUUUUGAUCCUGGUGAAGAUAAUGACCUAGUGGAUGUGGAAUUGAGUAAUAACUCAUUAGUUGACCGUUAUCCGAUUAAUAUCUUGGCAAAGAACAAUUUCAAAAUUGUCGAAACUCAAAGCGGAAGCAGCUCGUCAAGUAAAACCAGUGUGGGCUCUCUCGGAUGGGUGCUUGAAAGUAGUAAGUCAAAAAGAGACUCUAAGGCCUCUUCCGCUUUUGAUGAACCCAAUUUUACGCAGCUAAGGGAGCUAUAUAAGUUAGGAAAGGUUUUAUUUGAUUUCAUCUGCCCGAAGGAGUACGGUAUCCAAGAUGGCGAGAAGUUAGAUAUUGGGUUACUUACAUCUUUGCCACUAGCAAAGCAAAUAUUGAAUGAUUUGGAUGAUAUGAAGAAUAGGGAAACACCUGCUUGUGUUGCAUACUUCACUAAGGAAUCUCAUAUUUACACAUUAUUGAAUAUUAUUUAUGAAUCCGGUAUCCCUAUGAGGAUUGCAAGAAAUGCCUUACCAGAAUUUGACUAUCUUUCACAAAUUAACUUCGAAUUGUAUGAAAGUAGUGACGGUUCAGGAAAAAAGUCGCAUGCGAUUAGACUAAAAAUGUCGCCAGGCUGUCAUACACAAGAUCCUCUGGAUGUUCAACUCGAUGAUAGACACUAUAUCAGCUGUAUUCCAAAAAUUUCGUUGACUAAGCACUUAGACAUGGAAUAUGUUCAGCAAAAAUUAAGAAACAAAUUUACUAGAGUCAAUAUGCCAUCUAAGUUUACCCCUGUUAAUAUUACAAGUCCUAAUUUGACUUUCCAUAGAAACAGAUCUAAACUAUCAAAAGUGACAAUUUCGCCAAAGGACAAGUCGGAAUCCAACACUUCCUCGACUACUCCAUCUCUGCCAGAGCCCCCUCUAUCAGAAACUCCACUCACGUUGUCUGAUUCAUCCUCAACAGUUUCUGUGGAAGCUUCUCCAAGAAAUAUGGACAAUGUCAAUCUGAACCAGUAA